AUGAAGCGCUUCAGUCAGAGAGUUCUCUCGCGUGGGAAAGAUCCAAAUAAGUCUUCUAAGAAGAACAAGGAUUCCAAGGAUGGUACCGCGUCUCCCUCAUCACGGGAUUCCAAUCAGUCACCCGUACUCACGCCGUCAUCCUCCACGUCGACUUUGAACGAUCCUAGAAACAAACCACUGCCACAGAACAAUGCUGGACACGGAGGCGAACAUGGUAGUGGCUCGCAGCCCUCCAAUCUGUCCAAUGUAACACAGGCCGGUAGCACCCCUGAUCGCUUUGCAACUGGAGGUGCUUCGAGCCCCAACGGCGGAAGUGCCAACUCGAGACUUCCGCCAACUGUUGUCAUCAGCCCAACACCAGGUCAUGUCCCUCCCCCAGGAGCCGCCGAGACGAUGCCACACGAUUUGGCCCCUCCUAAGGCAGGACAAAAGUCGCUCUUGAUCCAUCGAGGAAUAGAUAAUCGCGAUGCGAUUCCCGAGGGACUCAGAACCCCAAAGAGACAGCAUUCCUCACGAUUCGAUAUCUCCGCUCACCGCGAGCUUGAGAAGUUGCCUGGAUUCCAUGAGGUCCCCCCUAACCGACGACAAGAACUCUUCAUGCAAAAAAUUGAUCAGUGCAACGUCAUUUUCGACUUUAACGAUGCGAGUGGUGACAUGAAGUCCAAGGAGAUCAAGAGGCUAGCUUUGCACGAGCUACUGGAUUAUGUCGCCAACAACAGACAAGUCAUCACAGAACCCAUGUACCCCAAGGUUGUUGACAUGUUUGCCAAGAACUUGUUCCGUCCGAUCCCUCCUCCAAUGAACCCUCAAGGCGAGGCUUUUGAUCCCGAAGAGGAUGAGCCCGUUCUCGAGGUUGCUUGGCCGCAUAUCCAGGUCGUUUAUGAGUUCUUCCUGCGCUUCAUUGAGAGUCAGGAUUUCAACACCAACAUCGCCAAGGCCUACAUUGACCAUAGCUUUGUCCUCCAGCUUCUCGAGCUCUUUGACUCAGAGGACCCCCGUGAGCGAGACUUCUUGAAGACCACCCUCCAUCGCAUUUACGGAAAAUUCCUUAACCUACGAUCAUUUAUUCGACGAUCCAUCAACAACGUCUUCUUCCAAUUCACCUACGAAACCGAGCGAUUCAACGGUAUUGCCGAGUUGCUCGAGAUUCUUGGCUCUAUUAUCAACGGAUUUGCUCUUCCUCUGAAGGAGGAGCACAAAAUCUUCUUGACCCGAGUGCUAUUGCCGCUGCACAAGCCCAAGAGUCUGAGCAUGUACCACCCUCAGCUAGCCUACUGUAUUGUGCAAUUCUUGGAGAAGGAUGCUUCUCUUACAGAAGAUGUGGUUCUGGGAUUACUCCGUUACUGGCCCAAGGUCAACAGCACAAAGGAGGUCAUGUUCCUCAACGAAGUCGAAGAUAUCUUUGAGGUCAUGGACCCUGCAGAAUUUGCAAAGGUUCAAGAACCUCUGUUCCACCAGCUUGCCAAGUCUGUCGCCAGCCCUCAUUUCCAGGUUGCCGAGCGAGCCCUGUACUUCUGGAACAACGAGUACUUCUGCAAUCUUGUCAGCGACAAUGUUGAGAUCAUUCUGCCCAUUAUGUUUGCUCCUCUCUACGAGAAUUCAAAGGGCCACUGGAACAGAACGAUCCACGGCAUGGUUUAUAAUGCUAUGAAGCUUUUCAUGGAGAUUAACCCACAGUUAUUUGAUGACUGCUCGCACGACUACACAGAACAGCAGAACAGCGCAGCAGCACGUGAAGCUCUUCGAGAGCGUAAAUGGGCUGCUCUUAGCGAAAAGGCCAACCAACAGAGGGAAAGCAACGGCAAUGGAACCGCCGGUGCCCCAGCACAAAACCAUGUCAACCCCAUGCCUCGCGUAGACGAAGUCGACCCACAAACCGAGGAUAAUUCGAAGCGCCUCGAUUCGCUUAAGUUGCAAGACGGCCGACCCAAUCUUCACGAGCGACAGGAAUCUGUAGGAUCUACUCGAAGCCGGUAA